UUCGGCUGCGUUGUUACUGUAUGCGCGACAACCACCUAAUAUUUCUACGAGACACACACAUUAAACGUAACAGACCUGUUAGAGCUGCUUUGUUCCAGUGUCCUAAAGACAUGUUUCCAAGUGACUUUGCGUGGGGAGCGGCAACUGCUGCGUAUCAAAUAGAAGGUGGCUGGCAGACAGACGGCAAGGGACCAAGUAUCUGGGACACGUUUUGUCACGAGAAAGGCAGAGUGUUUGGGGAGCAGAAUGGAGAUGUAGCCUGUAACAGCUAUGAGCUGUGGGAGAAGGACCUAGAGUGUAUCCAGCAGCUCGGACUGACGCACUAUCGCCUGUCUCUCUCCUGGGCCCGCCUUCUGCCUGAUGGGACCACACGACAUGUCAAUCAAAAAGGUGUACAGUACUACAACAAGGUGAUCGAUGAUUUGCUGGCCUGUGGUGUAUCACCUAUGGUCACACUUUACCACUUUGACCUGCCUCAAGCUCUCCAAGAUCAGGGUGGCUGGAAAUCACCGGGUAUAGCGGCCCUGUUUGACAGCUAUGCCAGGUUUUGUUUCCAAACAUUUGGUGACCGUGUCAAACUUUGGCUCACUAUCAACGAGCCCCAUGUGUGCGCCAAACUGGGCCAUGAAGACGGCAUCCAUGCGCCAGGGUUAAAAGAACCGGGGAUUGCUGCCUACCUGGCGGGUCACAACAUGUUGCGUGCCCACGCCAUGGCCUGGCACAGCUACAACUCCUUCUACAGGACAGAGCAGAAGGGCGCAGUGUCUCUGGCCAUUAACAGCAACUGGCUCGAGCCAUUACACGCAGGUUGUGCUGAGGAUAUCGCUGCCACUGAACGUUGUCGUGCAUUUACACUAGGGUGGUUCACCUGGCCUGUGUUUGUAAACGGAGAUUAUCCAGAAAUAAUGAGAUCUGCCGUCGACGCUCAAAGUAAGAAGUUGGGCUACAGUGGCAGCCCAAGACUGCCCAGUUUCUCAAAGGAUGAGCCUGCCGUUUUGGGCACAGCGGACUUCUUUGCAUUGAACUACUAUACGUCUCGUAAAGUUAAGCCAGGAGGAGGUUGUGAAAAGACGCUGUGUAUGAAGAGCGACCGAGAUGCAGAAGAAGUUUUGGAUCCGUCGUGGCCUAUUUGUGGUGUGUCCUGGCUCGCUGUAGUGCCCCAUGGCCUACGGAAAACUCUCAAGUACAUCAAGGACACUUUCAACAACCCAGCAGUCUACAUUACAGAGAAUGGCUUCUCUCAGGUGGGGCAGCUGCAAAUUCAUGAUGUCCAGCGCGCAGAGUUUUACAAGGACACCAUUUUGGAAGUGGCUAAAGCUGUACAAGAAGAUGGGGUCAACGUCCGUGGAUAUUUUGCAUGGUCACUGCUUGACAACUUUGAAUGGGAAGAUGGAUUCAGUGUUCGUUUUGGAUUGUUCCACGUGGACUUCGCAGACGCAAAGCUAGGCCGAACCAUGUACCAGUCUGGACGGCAGUAUGCAAAGAUUGUCUUGAAAUACAGAUGAGGAGACAGAACUUUCUUAUACGUUCGUAAUAAACUUUUUUUUGUCUCACUUUCAUACAAAUUAGAUGAAUCAAGUUCAAUUAACCAACCAGACGCCUGUUUCCAUCCAUUGCAGAUCCAAAAUCAAAAGCACCACUUAUUUAUGUUCAGUUUAGAAAGUGGUCCGGGAAAAGUCCAACAAGCAGGGUUUUACUUUUUAAUUUGUUGCCUUUGGGGGACAUGGGAGACAAAGGGACUGCUCCAGGGGAGGAGUUAAUGCCCAAACAUUGUCUGCAGUGAUUAAACUAAGGGACCAAGACAAGUGCCAAGACAAAGAAGUAUGAGAGAAUAAAUGCUUUUUUAAAUGU